CUUCUUCUUCUAAGAGCUUCCCUUCCAUGUCGGUCACGAAUUAGGGCUGGGGCUUGUAGCCCUAAUUCUCUGUAAAUCAACAUAGCCCUAGCCCUUUUUCACCACCGGAGAGGAAGAUCUUCUUCUUCUUCUUCUAGGAGCUUCCCUCCCAUGUCGGUCAGGUAUUAGGGCUGGGGCUUGAUCCAAUUCUCUGUAAAUCCACAUAGCCCUAGGCCCCUAGCCCUAAUUUGUCACCAGAAGAGGACGAUCUUCUUCUUCUUCUUCUUCUUCUUCUAGGAGCUUCCUCUCCUGUCCUGGCGGUUACGAAUUAGGUUAUAGUAGAAGAAGCUCUCUCUGAUCGAGGAAGCUCCAGAUCAGGAACGGUGGUUCAUCGAGCACUCGUAUUGAAGGAAGAUCCAUCCAAGUAUCGGUAUUUGCAGGCUCUUUGCUACCUUGAAGUUGAAAACUUGGUGAUUUCCCUCCACUAGUGAGAGAGUCGGCUCAUGGAUACAAACACACGGUUUUCAGCAUAUUGGGCACUCUCUGAGCAAUAUUUAAAUCAUUGGAAUACCUUUAUAUUCCACGACCAUCAGAUUACAGAAGAGCCGGUUCUUUUCCCUGGACAGAGCUACACCCUCUUGGUGUUGAAUCAAUCUGGGAGAGAUUUUUUAAAUAAAGAAGGUAGACAUAUCUUUCCUUGGCACAAGUCCACUCUGGUCAUAGAUGCGAGUAAGGGAUGAGUCUUGGGUAUUCCUUUGGCUGUUGGAAUUUUGGACCUAUGUUGAGUCACUACUGCCUAGAAAGUCUUCUAGCUUCAAAGCUGGCUGCUCUUGGAUUUGCAAUUGGAUGAAGUCCCUUGAAAAUAGAGGAAUCUGCAAUGCUUUGAUUCGCUAUUUGUUUUAUUUGAUUUUCUCCGACAUAGAGAGCUUGAGCCUUAAAAUGGUGGAGUUGUGGUUUUCUCAGAUAGGGAAAGACCACAACUCCACUGCUUAAGGUUCAAGCUCUUUAUGCCGGAGAACAUUGAAUAAUGAAACAAGUAACAAAUCAAAGCAUCGCAGAUUUCUCUAUUUUCAUGGGCCUCAUCCAACUGCAAAUCCAGGAAGCAGCCGGCUCCGAAGCUGGAAGACUUCCUUGGCGGUGACUCGUUGCUGGUCUGGUACUCCAGCCGCUAAAGAAACACCCGGGCUCUUCCCUGACUCACAUCCAGGACCGGAGCGGACUCGUGGCAAGGAAAUAUGAAGUUCCCAAUAACGGUCUCCCCCGUCACACACAUCUGGAGAGAAGAUAAAAGGCUCUCUGCUGCAGAUGCUUAUAUAAACAAAAGGGUUCAAGAAACUGGAUUUGCUGCAUUUUCAUUCUUAGUUUUGAAGAUAUGCAAGCUGGUUUUGUUUCCGUGUACCUUUCUUUUGUAGGAUUUGCUUAAAACUAGCAAAUCAAAUGUGAAUUUGCAGAUGUGGAGAUUGUUUAGUAUGUGUAAAUGAAGUAGACAGACUCAGGCAGGGGUUGGAAAUGGAUGGAUUGUUGCCAAAUUCUGUCAUGAUGUUGAGCUCUCAAUGGAGAAGAGACGAGCAGUGAUGGUGUUCCAGGGUUAUGGGUUGUCGACAAGGCAAUUUGGAGGGAGUGGAGGAGAAAGGUGGUGAUGAUGUUGGGGCUGAUGUUUAUUGAGAUGGGAGUGGCUGUGUCCAGACAUCUAUCUAUCUGGGUAUGGUGUUGGGGCUGAUGUUUCUGGCGCUGUCUAAAGCCUAUUUUGGAACAUCUAUUGUCAAACAAACCAGACACUUAAAGAGUACCCAAAACAACUAUUAGGAAAAGCCGUAAGUUUCCACUCUUAUGGCUUUAACAUUGGAUAAACAAACUUCACCCUUUUUCUUUUGUCUCAACUUAGAGAAGUUGAAUGGUGUGAAAUCUAAGUAAUAUAAAAAUAAGAAUAGGAAAAUGGAAACGAAAAAAUAAUAUUUAAAAAAUAAAAAAUUGAAAAUAAAAAAAUAAGGGUUUUUAUUAAUAUAUUUUAAUAUAAAAAAUUAUUAUUUAAUUAAAUAUAAAUAUAAAUUUUAUUAUCUAUUCUAACAAAUAUAAAUACAAAUUAUUUUGGUCUAAAAUCAUUAACAUGGUCGUUAAAAUCAUAGAGAAGGAAGCUGGUUGGUGGCAGAAUAGAAAUAUAUUUUUAAUAUUAAUAAAAAAAUUAAAAAUUAUAAAAACAGUCUGAAAAUAAUUUUUUAUAUUUAUUGAUGUUUUAAAAUAGAAAACAUUUUAAAAUUUUUGAAAUGGCAGGUUUUUAUAUUUUCAUACAUUAGAGUGUUAAAUAAUAUUUAAGCCGACCAAAUAAACUUAACUAUAAUUCAAUUACCAUUCCUUAUUUUAUAUAUAUCAUUAAUUACCAUCCUUUUUUUUUUAUGGAACCUAUUAUUUCAAACAAAUUUAUUUUUAAUCAUUAAUUUUGAUUUAAUUUAGGUAUUUUAAUUUAAUUGGAGUUUAUUUGAAUUUAAUUAAAAAUAAUUUAAUAAAUUAACAAUUUCACAAAAUACCAAAUCACUAAAUUUAUUAAAAAUAUUUUUAAAUUACUCUCGACAAAUUACCAAAGCCACGUGACUACUGGAGGUGGAUUUUACCAAAGCCACGUGACCUGAUUUUUGUGUUUUGCCUUUGGAGACAAUUUAUCUCGAAACUUCGAACUAUCAGUGCAGCCGAGCUGGUUCUGAAGAGAGUUGCUCGCUCAAAUGGAAGAAGGCCAGCCGCAAUCGCCGGGUGGCCCGCCCCUCCGGCCGGAGGAUUGCGUCGAGGAGUUGCUCAAAUUCACGCUCCAAUCCUCAGUGACCGGAACCCUAGGCGGAGGUUUAGAUAUCGGCCUGUCGAAGGAGUACUGUUCCAAUCUCCUCCAACAUAAUCAUCAUGAUCAUCCAUCCAGCCCUAGCUCCAAUUCCGCCUCCCCCACUCCUCCUGAAUUCUCGCAAGGUGUUCCUCUGUAUCCUUUAUACAAGCGUCUAGCGUCAGCUUUAUGCCACUCCAUAGCUUCUGGUGCCCUCAUUACAUCACAAUAUCGAAACAUGGCGUUCAUCCAGGAAGAUAGUUCUAGGAAGCAGAAAGAGGAUGAAUGGAUCCAAUUGGUUAUGGUGAAGGGAUCUGAAUUGCUAAAUGUACUAAAAAAUGUAGAGUUCGAACUACAUGUUCAAGAGCCUUUCUUUUCUCAGUUCAGAGAUGGCCUAAAAACUGUUGAAGGGAGAUAUGCUCGUGGUGACUAUAACAGAAUUGUAUCAGGAGCUUUGAUUCUCCUCAACAAAUGUUUGGUACUUCAAGUGCAGGAUGUUCACAGGUAUGCUUCAUUUUCAGAGAUGUUGGAAGCAGAAAGUUUAUCAAAAGUCCUUCCUGGAGUAGAAACUAUUGAAGAAGGCGUGCAGAUCUACAGGAAGUUCUACUCAGAGGAGAAGGAACGAUCAAAUGGUGUUCUUGCAAUUUGUGUUGCAAAAUCAGCUGCUCAGCUUUAUAUUCCAUUGACCAGCAUGAUUUCCGGAUUGAGUUAUGGGGGCAUCCAGCGGCUGCUAGGUUUUGUGCAUACUGUGGGAUCAUCUGUAGAGGCACUUCCCCCAUCAAGAUCAACUCUUCUCUCUUCAUUUUUGUUGCCGCAUAAUCCAAAGGUGAAAGGUUCUACCUUGACUGAGGGAGCCAGAGCCUUGGCCAAGCAUGUCAACAGGAGUAGCAGUAAAUAUUGGGGCACCUUUGGUGGGAGCGAUUCCAAUAAAAACAGGCUUGCGAAGGAUGUCAUUAGUCUCUUAAUUGCCGAUUGUUGCUGGCAGAAUAUGCAUAUUGUUCCACCACAUGGGGCUGUCUAUGAGAUUAGGAUUGCUGAUGGUUAUGGUGCAAGGUGGUCUGCAGAUGGAACUAAGUUCAUAGGAUUCCUUGAACCAUACAUGGAGGAUGGUCACUCAAAGGGAUGGAAACACUAAUUUCACCAGAGGGUAUAUCCUUCUCGAGUCCUCAAUUUUCUAUUCAGCUUAUUGAUCCAACCUGUCUUUGCUUGAAGAUGAUGGUAUAUAUUGACCUGCUUCAACUCCAAGCAAUUGAAUUACAUCACCAUAAUGAGCCGUCGGCUUCAUUGAUAUUCCUAAAAGGGAUUCUCCACUGCACGAGAUUUAUCACUCUACAAGGAUUGGAGGGGGGUUGUCUUUAUACAUAGCCUUAUCAAAAUAAGGCACAAACCAUGCGAAGGAAUCUGAGUUUUCUAGAGAGAGAAAUAUGAAGAGUGAAAAGAGGAAGCAACAAAAAAUGCAACAAGACUUUUGGGGGAGGAUCGAUGAGUCAUCGUUGGCCUCUGGCUGGUCCAUUUUGUCACCACAAUCGGGGUCGUUGGUGGUUGGUUGGUUUCUUUCUUCGCCGCUACUAGCCUCUAACCGACCUCCUCCUUUGUGGUGCUGAGGGCCUGAGGUAUCUCCUCUACCCGACCUCCUCCUUGCUAUUUGCCUCUCUCUCUCUCUCUUUCGUCGUCAAUGAUGCUUUGGUGGCUAGUCUUGUCGCUGAUUCUACACGGUUUCUUGGCCCAGCGUCUUGGGGGAGGUGAGGUUUUGGAGGGUGGGUGGAUUCUUUGCGUCAGUGGAAUGGCCUCCUCAUUCCCCAAGGAUUGAAGUACCAGUUAUGGCUAACCAUCACCCUGUCAUCAAACUCAUCUUCCUCGCCUAGCUUAGCCCGUAACCUUUAUUUGGUGUCAUCUGAUUGCACAGAAGUUUGUGCCUUUGGGGAACAGUAAUGAUGCUGCUGGUCAUGGGCUGAUUUUUUGUGGGGGGCAACUACAGUACCUGAAGUGUACUACUGUACUGGUACCCUUGGCUGGCUGGGUGGCUGGCUGAUUAACUGUAGGAUUUGUUGCAACCAGUACUAUUUAUAAAACAAUUACAAUUAGAAUUAUAAAUAAAAAGCCUAAAUUUAAUACAA